AUGAUCGCGGAGGGCCAAGUGGCCAGGGUGGUUUCAGUGGCCGUGGUGGCCCAGGUCGUGAUGAUCGUAACCGUGGUGGUCGUGAUAACAGUGGCCACAGUGGAUAUGGACGAGAUGAUCGUGGCAAUGGGGGUGGCUCUGGUGGUCGAGACCGCAGCCGUGAUUGGCCGUGACAACCGCGGAAAAUGA